GGAGCAUUGUGGUGCAAGAGAAAAACUAUGGCUGACGCGAGUAGACUGAAGAAGAGCUCUGCAAAUUUCUUCAUCGUCGUCUUUAAUCUCUCUCUCUCUCUCCUUAGUUUUGCAUAUUAUAAACACACAUGCAAGUAACUACAGCUACAUAUGGUCAACAUCUUACAAAUUAUAUGACUAUUUAGGUUUGUUUGAAGCUGCUAACCAGUUAGCUUUUGGACCUUUUGCCGUCCGAAUCGUAUUAUAAUACUCAUAGAAUUCUGUAAUUAGUAGUUUAAUAUUACUCCCCUCAGACAUUUUGUCAAGUUACUGUAUCUGAUUUGUUGCUUAUUAAAAGUGUUUGAUCGAUUCGUGAGGUUUUCACAGCGAUAAUAGUUUGUCGAAACUCGAAAAGGAGAAUUCAUUUCAGGUGAUAGAAGCGAUGAAAAGGAACAGAAUUCGAGGACCUUGGGAUUUCGAGCAUGAACUUACCGGCGGUCGUCAGAAAUUGAUACUCGGAUUGGACGGCGGGACUACCGACACGGUGUGUAUAUGCAUGCCGAUUACUCCUUUCACUCCGAAUCAUAAUCCUCUUGAAGCUCCUCCGGUUUAUGCUCGAGCUGUUGCCGGUUGUUCUAAUCACAAUAGUGUUGGAGAAACUGCUGCAAGAGAGACACUAGAACAAGUUAUGGCAGAAGCUCUUUUAAAAUCAGGAUCUACUAGAUCUUCUGUUCGAGCUGUUUGCUUAGCUGUUUCUGGAGUUAAUCAUCCAACAGAUCAGCAAAGAAUUUUAGAUUGGCUUAGAGAUAUAUUCCCGAGUGAUGUUGAAUUUUUUGUUGAGAAUGAUGCUGUGGCAGCUUUGGCUAGUGGAACAAUGGGAAAACUUCAUGGGUGUGUUCUAAUUGCUGGAACUGGAACCAUUGCUUAUGGAUAUACUGAAGAUGGGAGAGAAGCUCGGGCCUCUGGUGCGGGACCCAUCUUAGGUGAUUGGGGAAGUGGAUAUGGUAUAGCUGCAAAGGCUUUGACAGCUGUAAUAAGGGCUUAUGAUGGGCGUGGCCCACAAACACUGCUUACAUGUAGCAUGUUGCAUGAGCUCCAACUUUCUUCUCCAGAUGAACUCAUUGGGUGGACUUAUGCUGAUCCAUCGUGGGCCCGGAUUGCAACUCUAGUCCCGGUUGUUGUAUCGUGUGCAGAAGCAGGGGAUGAAGUUGCAAAUGACAUAUUGCUUCAUGCUGUUCAAGAGUUGGCUUCUAGUGUUAAAGCUGUUGUUCAUAGACUUGGGUUGUGUGGAAAAGAUGGAAAGGAUACUUUUCCACUUGUAAUGGUUGGUGGUAUUCUUGAAGCAAAUAGAAGGUGGGACAUAGGAAAAGAAGUAAUCAGUUGCAUUGCCAAUGACUUCCCCGGGACCCACCCAAUUCGACCAAAGGUGGAGCCCGCUGUUGGAGCAGCAUUGCUUGCGUGGAACUAUUUAAUAGAACAAGCACAGCUGGACCAAUCAGAUGGAGACUAUGAUUAAGUUUAAGCCAUAGCUAGUGGAAUUGCAGCCAGAAAGUUGAUGUCUAAUGAUUAUAAAGUUGUAUAGUUUCAAGGGAAUAUAACAGAUAAAGUGUAGAGAAACAAAAAAAAAAAGAACCAUUUUUACUAUUGCUAUUAAAUGAUUGUUGUGAG